AAGGCCCACGUCCAUUUCCAUCACAAAACCCAUAAAGAAACCUAACAUAACAUCGAAGAGUCAGUUUCCUAUGCGUUUCUUUGACUCUUCAUUGGGAACUCUCAAACUCUCAACGUCCCCCAAGAACAAGGAAGUAGAACAAAAAAGACUAAAACAAUAAAAAUAGAUGGAGAUCUUGACAGGCAUAGGGGUGUUGGUGCCAUUCCCAUUUUACUACUUGUUAUGGAGACAUCCACAGUCAUGGGUGAACCUUUGUGGGAAAGGAAGGGAUCCAUCUAAGGUAAUGGCCCUCGCAUCCCAUUUCUUCAAGCUGGUUCAGUUCAUUUCUCUCUUUUCAGUUUGUUCCCUCUCUUGGCCUCCCCCUCUUUAUUUUUGGCCUCUCUUUGCCUUUGGUCAGUUCCUCAACUUCAGGGUGUAUCAGUUGCUUGGUGAAUCUGGCACUUACUAUGGUGUACGCUUUGGAAAGAAUAUUCCUUGGGUAACAGAAUUCCCUUUUGGGUUCAUUAGAGAUCCACAGUAUGUUGGAAGCAUUAUGAGUCUUGUUGCAUGUCUGUCUUGGGUACCCUUCCAAUAUAUUCUCCUCUGGUCACUGGGCUAUCUAUUUAUGAUAUACGUCGAAUCAACAGAAAAUCCAGCUACACGCGCAAAGCCUCUAUCCUGAUUGCAGGAGGUUGCAGUUGGCUAAUUAGUGAUUUUUGAAGAAUUUGCCAUGGUAACAAUUGGCUAAAGAUACUCUUCUUUUUUUUAUGGGUAUUUUACAAUUUAAGCUCCUGCUCCAUUUAAACUUGCUAUUUUAUGAAGAAUCACCUUUUGAAUAGCAUUUGUUAUGACUUUUAACUUUGCUUAAAUGUGUAUGACUUUUCAAUUUAAUACAGUGGAUGGUGGAAAAGGUGUUAUUCCUAUAUGCAUUUGUGUUGAUUAGAGUCUUUCAUGUGUAUCUACUCUCUAGAUUUUCCUUUUUCUUUAUUCUUUUUUUGGCUGAAAAUAAGUUGCCACUAUGAGGUUCUGAUUUUGAAUAAGCUCACUCUGUUUGGACAAUGAUUAUUUCUGUAAGCAGAAAUGAAUCAUGUUUGUCAAGAUGCUGAAGCUAAAAAUGCCGGUGGCCUUGUCUGAUUGAUGUGCGCUGACUGAAUUGAUUUGGAUACCGUAUUUGUAAGACUGGGAAACUACACCAGCAUUUGGUUUCUGGUAACUAGCUUCAGAGCAUGAACAGACAGUAAUUUGACCUCAAAUCUACCAGAACCUACUU